AUGGUCACCAAAGACCCUGAAGACCAGCUAAAACUGGUUCAGUGGUUCGGCGCUGUGGCAAACGGCACAGUUGAGAAUCUUCAGUGCCAAAGGUUAAAAGGACAACACGAGGAAGACAACCAGCCUUCAUCCCGAAGACCCCAGAAGAAGACCACCCGAGGGCACUGCAGCUGGGCAAGAUCAUGGGGAACAGGAGAAGCACCUGAGGACUGGAGGAAAGCCAACAUCACUACAGUCUUCAAAAAGGUAAAGAAGGUGGACCCAGGCUCACUAAGGACAUCAAGACCUGUCAAUAUGUCAGAAAAACGAUUUCUUUUUACAUCAGAAUCUGUUGCUGAAGGGCAUUCUGAUAAGAUGUGUGAUCAGAUAAGUGAUGCUGUUCUGGAUGCUCAUCUCAGUAUUGAUCCAGAUGCUAAAGUUGCCUGUGAGUGUGUAGCAAAAACUGGAAUGAUUUUGCUUUGUGGAGAGAUCACAUCCCAGGCUACAGUAGAUUACCAAAAAAUUGUAAGAGAGACCCUAAAGAAGAUAGGGUAUGAUGACUCUUCCAAAGGACUGGACUAUAAGACGUGCACAGUUUUAGUGGCCUUGGAACAACAAUGUAAAGACAUCAAGCAUGCUGUUUCCCAUGGCAAGAGUGAUGAUGACAUUGGGGCAGGGGAUCAGGGUUUGAUGUUUGGCUAUGCCACUGAUGAAACUGAGGAAUGUAUGCCCUUAACAGUCCUCUUGGCACAUAAACUGAUGGCAAGCAUAAAGGCUCUGGAACGGAAUGGAACAUGGCCCUGGGUUAGGCCAGAUGGGAAAACACAGGUCACAAUGGAAUACAAGGAGACUAAUGGUGCACUGGAGCCCCUCCGAGUGCAUACACUUGUAAUUUCAGUACAUCAUGCUCCAGACAUACCUUUGCAGCAAAUAAAGAAGGAGCUAAUGGAGAGAGUUGUUAAAAAAGUCAUUCCAGAGAAGUAUCUUGAUGAGGGCACGAUUUAUCAUCUCCUUCCAAGUGAAAAGUUUGUAGAAGGUGGUCCUAAGAGUGAUGCUGGACUGACUGGCAGGAAGAUCAUUGUUGAUACAUAUGGAGGCUGGGGAGCUCAUGGUGGAGGUGCAUUCUCUGGAAAAGAUCCUUCCAAAGUUGAUCGUUCCGCAGCAUAUGCGGCUCGCUGGGUUGCAAAAUCUCUGGUGAAAGCUGGUCUCUGUAAAAGAGUAUUAAUCCAGCUAUCGUAUGCUAUUGGUCUGAGUCAUCCUCUUGCAAUCUCAGUGUUUCAUUAUGGAACAUCAAACAGAUCUGAAGAAGAACUGCUUGAGAUUGUGAAUAAAAACUUUGAUCUACGCCUUGGAGCUAUCAUAAGGGACCUGGAUUUGAAGAGGCCAAUCUAUCAAGAAACAGCAUGCUAUGGACACUUUGGGAGAGAGGAAUUUACUUGGGAAAUACCCAAAAAGCUCGUGUUUUAA